GUUAGUAUAAAUGUAUAUUACGCUGCUUCAUCUUCAUCAUCAACAUCUUCAACUCCCAGUGACAACAAAGUGUCUCUCACAAGCUACAAAUGAGAAUGGAUCGAUAAAGUGUUUAAUAUAAAAAUAUAUCUACAUGUAUAAGAAAGUAAAGAUUGCCUGGUUAGAAGGAGAUUUUGCGCUGAAAAAAAACCAGAAUAGGAGAGACAAAAUUGUGAGUGAGACAGAAAUAGCAAUUCAAAGCUGAUAUUGAUAAAAACUCAGAAUAAACUCAGUGAUUGUUUCACCAAAAUUGAGUGAAUUUGUCUUUCUCUGGUUAUAUAAAACAAAAAGCAACCAAAAAAGAAGGACUAAAAAGUGAAAGAGGAAACGCAGCAAAAAAGUAAACAUUGUUGUUCACUUUACAUUGCAAUUACGGAUAAAAACAUAAACCACUAACAAUAUCACCAUAAUCAACAUCAUUAUCAUCACCCUCAUCAACUGUUAUUUGUUAAACCAUCUGAAUUUAUCCGUUAAACCAAACAAAAUACAAUUAAAACAUAUUAAAAUUGAAUUAAAAAGAUGAAACCAAAUCCACCGAAGUAAAAUUUUCCUCUUUUCCCAAUUACCUCAAACCUCUAUUUGGUCAAUGUGAUUUUGUAUAUUUAUUUAACCAACUAGUUUAAUUGUUUAUUAAUUUGUGUGCCUCAAUGUCAAUUCAAUAAUCGUCAAUAAUAUAUUCAAUUGUGUCUCUAACCAUUAACCAGAAAUGAAAAUAAUUGUAAAACAGGUUUCUUUACACAAGUAAAGUCGUCCAUUGUUAUCCCUUGUUUUACCCAUUUUAAUGUUUACAUCUUAAUUAUUGUUGGUUGACAUGAGACAGUUCAACCAUCAUUGUAAUCAUUCAUUCCAUCAUUUAUCCUGUCAUCAUGAAAUCAGAUCACAGUGAUCCAGUUAAUCAAUGGAUAAUCUCUUUAAUGUGUUCCCAACAAACACCUCUUAUCAAUGGAUUAACAUCAACUAAACAUGAAGACCAGAUUUACCGGUAUCAUGUGUUAUCCCAAUCUCCUGGUCAUUGCUGUUUACCAACACCAACCAGACCAUCACAACCAUCAUCUACCUCAUCAUCAAUGUCAAAAUUAUCUUCAACCUUUCUGUCGCCAUCAUCACCUUUAAAUGUGGCCAUUAUAUUUCAACUAAUAUUGUUAAUUAUCUCCAUCCCUUGGAUUAAUUGUGACACCAAGCAAACCAAUGUAACUGCUUCAUCUCAUCAUACUUUCCCUCAUCACCAUAACCAUCAUCAUCAUCAUCACCAUUCAAACCAUGUUAACCAUGUUUCAUCUCGUAUAAUUAACCGUCGUGAAUCAACUAAACAAGGUUGUCCUAAAAAAUGUGAAUGCAUUUGGAGAGGCGGUAAAUAUGAAGUUGAUUGUAAAGGAUUAACCUUCACCAAAAUACCCACAGAGAUUCACAGUGAUACUCAAGUGAUUAACUUCAAUGGUAACCGAAUCAAAUCCUUGGAACCAAAAAUAUUUCAAAAUUAUGGGCUAAUAAAUUUACAGAAAAUUUACCUUUCAAAUUGCAGUUUAAAAAAGAUUCCUGGUGAUUCUUUUGCCUCAUUGUCCAAUCUGGUUGAACUUGAUUUGAGUUCAAAUUAUCUUGAAACAAUACCAAUCGAGGCCUUAAAAGAUUCCCGUUACUUGAGGCGACUUCAUCUUAACUCCAAUCCGAUCAAAAAAAUUGAUUCCUCGUCGUUUGUCCACCUUUCCUCUCUCCAGUUUCUUGAUCUAAGUAAUUGUGCCAUCUCAUCCAUCCAUAAAGAUUCAUUUCUAGGCCUUGAGAAGUUAAAUUACCUGUUUCUCAAUGGAAACAAAUUAAGAGAACUUUCUGGAGACAUAUUGAACUCUUUAGUUUCCCUAAAGCAGAUAGAUCUCCAUGAAAAUCAUUGGUUCUGUGAUUGCCGGAUUCUUGACCUUAGAUCGAGAAUUGUUGACCGAUCAAUUUCAAUUACAGUGCCUCCAAUAUGUGAUAAACCGAUCCGUUUGAAAGGUGCAUCUUGGCAAAGUUUAGAUCAAGAUGAAUUUGCCUGUAAUCCAAAAAUAGCUUCUCUAAAUGGUGCCAAAUUUAUUGAAGGACGAAAUGGGACAAUUGUUUGUCGUGUCCAGUCAACACCUUUAUCCAAUAUUUCGUGGUAUUUUGAAUCACCUGUUGCUGCUAAUCAUUUAAUUAAAAAUGCUACUUAUAUGUCAUUUGGUAAACAAUACAUUACCAUUCGAGAAAUUCUUAAGGAUAAUGUUCAAAUUUCUAAGUUGAUAAUAACAAAUACUAUUGAAAAAGAUGCUGGAAGGUAUACAUGUUAUGCAGCCAAUAAAGCAGGAAAUGUAUCAAGUUCAGUUAUAAUUCGUGUUAUUCAGCCUGAAAAUACUGGAGAAGAAAGCUUGGUUUUGUCUGAAAAAGAUGAACAAGUUGGCAUCAUAUUAGCCACCAUAUUGGUCUUCCUUUUACUUGUCCUAUCAGCUUGUUUCAUUGUUUUACGCCACAAAACAUCCUUUUUGAGCAGUAUUUUCAAAAGUUCACGAGGCCAGUCUGAAGUAAUUGAAUCAAAUGUCAUCUUAGAUUCGUCGUAUCUUAACCAUAAUUCAAAAUCACCUAUUGCCAUUAAUGAUAAUGAACAUGACCAAAAAAGGUAUAUUCCUCACCAAUCCACAAAAUAUUCAACUGGUACUACAGCCACAGUAUUAGGUGCAAAGGAUACAAUUGUGAUAACACAACCGAAUGGAUCAGCUGGAAUAACUUCUGAUACUUUAGUUAAAGUUUUUCAACCAAACCAACAAUUAACAGUUGAAAACAACAGUCCAAAUAAUACUAAUACUAAUAAGUCACUCGAUGAAAGUGGUUUUGAAAAGUGCCUUGAAUCUUAUUUGAUGGUGUCUGAAGAUGAAAGUAUGUUACUUCCAAGCCGAACAAAUGAGGUUAGAUUUGAUCCAAUAAUCCAACAAAACGAUCAACAAUUAACACAACAAGAGCAACAACUUGUAAAUAACUGGGGCCAAGAUGCUUAUGAUCAAGCAGUGUAUUCAACUCGAUCAUUAAAUCGACGAUAUUCUGAUUCAAGUGCUACUUUAAUGGUUAAACAACUCAAUGUCAAUUCAUCUGGGGUUAACAAUAGCCGGGUAACUAUUAGAGAUGAUUCAUUAGAGCUUCUUCCAAGAAAUGAUAAUCAGAAUAGCCAAACAACAACAAAUGAACGAUUUAGAUCACGGAGAUUAUCAGAAGGAGUGAUUUCUGGUCGAAUCAAUAGUUUGUGGAAUCGUAAUAACGUUAAUCAUUCCAACCAACCAUUAUCUUCGACUAAUAAUAUUUAUCCAAAUGAAGAUUAUAACAAUUGGACUGUUGGUGAUAGUGGACAGGUCGUUGUUAAUGGUGACUCUAAUUAUUUUAAAGGUAAUUUUAUUGGAUCAGAGAAAGAAAGCUUGUUAAGACGAAAUGGUUUCACAAAUGUGGAUUAUUCAACUCUUCAAGCACCCCGUCGCUGCUCAAAAUCAGGUCUAUCGUCCCAAUUUAAUAACACGCCAACAUCUAAUUAUUUAAGAGCUUUAUCAUUGGAGGAUUCACUAAAUCCAACCUUUCCAGUUAUCCAUGAAUCAAGUAAAGAAUAUGAAAGUGAUUUUAAAAAUUGAAAAUGACCGUCUAUCAAAUCAACAAGCAUUAAUGUCCUUUGCUUUAAUUUCAAUCCUAUUGGUUUGACUUUUUCACUCUAAAAUGUUUUAAGGAUGGAAACCAAAUGUCAAAUUUAUUGAAUGAUGCAAUAAGAUCUUCAGAAUUUAAUCAUUCUAUUGAUCUUAUUGUGAAGUAACAAUCGAUUCAAUGAUUUGGAUAAAAGCAAACUAGUAAGAUGAAUGAAAUCGAUAACCUUUGCUUGACUUUUUCAAAUUUGUUUUGGUAAUGAGAAACAUUGACAGAUUAAACUGUCUCAUUACAUUACAGAACAUUAUUGCAUCACUUAUUGAUAUAAAAUUAAGAUUGUUAUUACGAAAAAAUUGAUAUAAUCAACAUGUAAUUUUAUUGGCUUAUGUAUCAAAUUGAAUAUAAAUUCAUUAAAUUAAUUG